AUGCUACGUUGUAAUCGAUUCAACCCUACCACCAACAUGUUGGCUACUACUACCACUACUACCACCACCUCCAAUGCAUCAUCAUCAUCAGCAGCAGCAGCAACGAAUGAUCUUGUGUUUAAUGAUUCAGAUAUCUCAAUGACGCUUACGAUCGAUGACUGCUGUUGUGGUCAAGCAGAUUGCUCUACAUUGCAAUCUUGGACACGUACCGUUCAAAAGCUCGAAACGGAUGCUCGUCUUGCUGCUGAAAUCGGGCAAAGUCUAUUACAGAAACAUGACAAAUAUGUGUUUGAGACUGACAAGUUGAAAAAGGAUCUGCAUAACAAGGCACACGAAUAUCGUGAACGUAUACGUGAUUUGGAACACGCAGUGCAAGUAUCAGAUACAGCCAAGCAGGAGCUUCAUCAAGACAAUAACAAGUGGUACUGGAAAUGGAAACGAACCCAAUCGACAUUGGAUGCAACAGCAGCAGAUCUCGAAAUAGCCAACAAUCGAUGUACACAGCUAUCCAAUGAGCUAAGGAAAAAAGAGCUUGAAAUUGAAAAGCUGCAACCUUUUCGAGUUGAAUCACGCGAAGCUCAUGCUCGUGAAGAAAUGCUUCGUGCCAAGUUGGAUGAUGUGCAGCACGAAGUUGACACAUUACGCAGGAAUGACAAGGCUUUACAAUCUCGCAUGAGAGCCAUCAAAGACAAACAUGCAUCAUUGAAUCGUGCCUAUGAGGCCUUGCAAGCAUCUGUGGAGACACGUAAUGCAAAGUCAUCACGCCUACUCAACCAAGCCACCAUGGUGUCACAUUCAACAAAGCUCAACGAACGCAAAAUGUCAUGGAACGAUCUUAGCACGCUGAGUAACGAAUUACCACCACCCCAUGAAUUGAUGCCAUCGUAUUCAACACCUGCCAUACCGGUAUCAACCAUGGCCCCUGUGCCUGAGGAAGAAUCAUCAGAGUCAUCAUCAUCCAGCGCUGAUGAUAGCGAGGAGGAUAAUGCAUCAUCGAUCCAACACCAUCAUCACUAUCAUUACAUUUUACAAACGAUGAAUCAAGAAUUGAAUCAUAAUACUACUACCACAUUAUCCUUUGAAAAACAUUUAAUGGAUCUGCAUGAUGCAGCCAAAGACAAAUUCGAGAGGUUGAGAGGUACCGAAGCACUUGAAUUAAGCCGGCAAGCCAAGAGCGUUUUUGAUAUGCCACAAAUGGGCAAGUUCAGCAAUGCCAUGAUUGAACAUAUCCUUGCUGACAUGGAUCGUCAAUUUGCAACCACGGUGCCACCCGGUUGUAACACAUUGCUGCCCACCAGUCAGCUCUAUCAAGACUUGCUCAAGGAGAUCGGUGAGCUGCGUACCAACCUUAAUGAUCUCAAGAUCGAUUAUGUAAAACGACUCAAAGAAAAGUACAUGUUACAACGUCAACAACAAGAGGCAAAAUGCUUGCAACAAGAACAAAAACGACAACAGCAACAACAAUCAUCAUCCAUUCUGACAGGUAUUCUUGCUAGCAUAUUCCAACGACCGAUAGAAAGCAGCAACAAACAACAGCAUACAAGAUUGUUGUCAACGUCGUCAUCAGCUCCUUCGAGAAAGCAGCUACACCACCCUGUCCCUCACCAACCACAGCGUCGGUUCCAUUCACGUAGCACGAGCACUUUAUCGGGUCACAGCCAUCAUCGACGCGCCAUUGGCAUAAGCAAUACGCGUGGUGCAUCUGCUCCAGAAUUGGAUUUGGAUAUGAAAGUACGUGGUUCUUUAUCCACUAGUUUAUUUGUUGGAUGGUGA